UUCAUUCUCUCUCUGUCUCCGUUUCUGAACCCUCACAAGCCUCUCACCUUCUUUCUCCUCUCUUCUCUUCCCUUCCAUUUUCAUUCCCUUAUUCCUCUCUCUGCAACAAUGAUAAAUCAAUGAUUUUUUGUUUCUUAAAUUCCAAAAAUGGUUUCAUCAACUGCAGUUACAACAACCACCCUAUUCACCCCAUCAUCAUCGUCUUCUUCUUUUUCUUCUUCUUCUUAUUCUUCUUCUUAUUCUUCUUCUUCUUUCAGUUCCCCUCUUUCCCCAAAACCUAACACCUUCACUCCUUCCAAAUCUAACGCCGUUAACGCCGUUAACGCCCUAUGCACCAAACCCAAACUCCGAUCCAACGUCGCCGACAAGCUAAACAACAUCGCCUCCGAGUUCACCUCUCUCUCCCAACCCAUCGACCGCGUCAAACGCCUUCUCCACUACGCCUCCCUCCUCCCGCCCUUCCUUGACGCCGACCGCGUUCCGGCCAACCGAGUCGUCGGCUGCGCCACCCAGGUCUGGGUGGUGGCGGAGAUCGACGAGCGGCGGAGGAUGCGCUUCCGCGCCGACAGCGACUCCGAGAUUUCGAAAGGCUUCUGCUGGUGUCUGGUCUGGAUUCUCGACGGCGCGAAACCCGAGGAGGUCCUCAUGGUCGACCGGGAGGAUUUGGCCGACGUCAAUGUCGGUUUGGGGAUGAGUCUCAAGGCCCACUCCCGGACCAACACGUGGCACAACGUUUUGUUCACCAUGCAAACUGCCGCUAAAGAUUUGCUCUGAAUUCAUUUUUUCCCCUCCCGCAAAUUUUGUAACAAUAGUUUUUCAUUUUUCUCUUAAACUUGUCUUGGUUUGAUCGCAUGUUUGAUUGUAGCAAUUCAAAUUCCAUUGUAUUGCUGGAUAUGUCUACUACUUGUUCCUUGUGCACCCCUUUUUCGAAUCUCAGUUUUUAUUAUGCUGCUACUUUUUAUGGUUUUUCAUUAUCAUCUUGUCCUCAUUGCAAGAAAUUACAUUUGUAUGAUC